UAGCUGUUCUCGUCGACUGCUGAGCAGCUUCUAGCUAGUGUGGGUAGGGGAUUACGAUCUCCUUCUUGGACUCCGAUCUCGAGCUGCGGUGGUGUAGAUCUGCGAUCUGGAUGCUGAGCGUGGGGACCGACGACGAAAUGGAGGCGGAGGGCGUCGGGGGAGAGCGAGUGGUCGUCAGCGGUCCGCUCAGCAAGCGCGGCAGCAGGAAGGGCGCCCGAUUUAAUCUCUCGGCCUCUGCCUCCUCCUCCUCCUCCGCCGCAGCCACCGGCGGAGGCGACGAUGAGGCCUACGUCGAGAUCACCCUCGACGUGCGCGACGACUCGGUGGCGGUCCACAGCGUCAAGCCGGCAGUUGCCGGGGAGGUGGAGGACCCCGAGGUGUCGCUGCUGGGGCGGAAGCUCGAGAAGCGGACGGCGUCGUUCGGGUCGUCGGUGAUCCGGAACGCCUCGUCGCGGAUCCGGCAGGUGUCGCAGGAACUCCGGCGGCUGGCGUCGGGGCCGAAGCGGCAGGCUGUGGUGAGGUUCGAUCGGACUAAAUCGGCUGCGGCGCAGGCGCUCAAGGGUCUCAAGUUCAUUGCCAAGACCGACGGCGCUACCGGGUGGGCGGCGGUCGACGAGCGCUUCGACGAGCUCGCUGUCGACGGACUACUCCACCGGUCCCACUUCGGCCAGUGCAUAGGCAUGAAGGAAUCGACGGAGUUCGCAGGAGAGCUGUUCGACGCGUUGUCGAGGAGAAGAAAUAUUACAGGGGAUAAGAUCACCAAGGCGGAGAUGAGAGAGUUUUGGGAUCAAAUCACCGACCAAAGCUUCGAUUCCAGGCUUCAAACUUUCUUCGACAUGGUGGAUAAGAAUUUGGAUGGAAGAAUAGCUGAGGAGGAGGUCAAAGAGAUCAUCGCUAUGAGCGCUUCGGCUAACAAGUUGUCGAAUAUACAAGAACAGGCGGAGGAAUAUGCUCGGCUCAUCAUGGAAGAAUUAGAUCCCAACGACCUUGGCUACGUUGAGAUAUACAGCUUGGAGAUGUUGCUGCUGCAAGCACCGUACCAGUCGAUGAACAUCGGGACAACCAAUAGCCGGAACUUGAGCAAGAUGCUGAGCCAGAAGCUAAGGCCGACGGAGGAGCCCAACCCACUUCGGCGAUGGUACAAACAGGGCAAGUACUUCAUAGAGGACAACUGGCAACGGGCAUGGGUGAUGGCACUGUGGCUCGCCAUCUGCGCCGGCCUCUUCACCUUGAAGUUCAUCCAGUACCGCCGUCGCGCCGUCUUCCAGGUCAUGGGCUACUGCGUCUGCGUCGCCAAGGGCGGCGCCGAGACGCUCAAGUUCAACAUGGCGCUCAUCCUCCUCCCCGUCUGCCGCAACACCGUGACUUGGCUCCGCACCAAGACCAAGCUCGGCAAAGCCGUCCCUUUCGACGACAGCCUCAAUUUCCACAAGGUGAUCGCGGCGGGUAUCACGGUUGGCGUAGGGUUGCACGCGAUCUCGCACUUGACAUGCGACUUCCCGCGGUUGCUGCACACUUCGAAUUACGCGCCGAUGGAACGCUUCUUCGGGAAAACGAAGCCAGGAGAUUACUGGUGGUUCGUCAAGGGGACGGAAGGGUGGACAGGGUUGGUGAUGGUGGUGCUCAUGGUCAUCGCCUUUACCCUCGCCACCCCGUGGUUCCGCCGUGGCCGCUUCAAACUGCCCAAGCCCUUCCACCGCAUCACUGGCUUCAACGCCUUCUGGUACUCCCACCACCUCCUCGUCAUCGUCUAUGUUCUCCUCAUUGUCCAUGGCUACUUCCUUUACCUUACCAAGAAGUGGUACAAAAAAACGACUUGGAUGUAUCUGGCGAUUCCGAUGCUCCUGUACGCGAGUGAACGGCUGAUAAGGGCGUUCAGGUCGAGUAUCAGUGCGGUGAAGAUAUUGAAAGUCGCAGUGUAUCCCGGCAACGUCUUGGCUUUCCAUGUGUCCAAGCCACCGGGCUUCAGAUACCACAGUGGCCAGUAUAUAUUUGUCAACUGCGCCGCUGUCUCCCCAUUUCAGUGGCAUCCAUUCUCCAUCACCUCGGCGCCACAAGACGAUUAUGUCAGCGUGCACAUACGGACCCUCGGUGACUGGACCAGGCAGCUUAAAGCAGUUUUCUCCCAGGUGUGUCAGCCACCGACUUCAGGGAAAAGUGGGCUUCUGAGAGCUGACUACGAUGACGACGGCAUCAACGGGGGCAACCCAAGCAUGCCAAGGCUGCUUAUUGACGGGCCUUAUGGAGCGCCGGCCCAAGACUACAAGCAGUACGAGGUGGUGUUACUGGUGGGGCUGGGCAUCGGGGCCACGCCCUUCAUCAGCAUCGUCAAGGACAUCGUCAACAACAUGAAGGAAUUGGAGUCCUUGGGCCUGGCUGACGACGACGACGUCGAGACCGGCGGCGGUGGCUCGCACAAGAGGUCGGAAUCUGUGUCGACGUCGGCAGCAUCGUCUUUCAAGACGCGGCGGGCGUAUUUCUACUGGGUGACGCGGGAGCAGGGAUCGUUCGAGUGGUUCCGGGGAGUGAUGAACGAGGUGGCGGAGACGGACAAGAAAGGGGUGAUCGAGCUCCACAAUUACUGCACCAGCGUGUACGAGGAGGGCGACGUGCGCUCCGCCCUCAUCGCCAUGCUGCAGUCUCUCAACCACGCCAAGCACGGUCUGGACGUCGUCUCGGGCACACGGGUCAAGUCGCACUUCGCCCGCCCAAAUUGGCGGACCGUGUACAAACGCAUCGCGCUCAAACACCGCGACGAGCGAAUCGGCGUGUUCUACUGUGGAGCUCCAACCCUGACGAAAGAGCUACGCGAGCUGGCGCAUGAUUUUUCCCACAAGACCAGCACAAAGUUCGACUUCCACAAGGAGAACUUUUGAACAAACGCAUAUAUAUAUAUAUAUAUAUAUAUAUAUAUAUAUAUAUAUAUAUAUAUAUAUAUAUAUAUAUAUAUAUAACUUAAGGAGGUUGCAAAGUGGUAGUUAAUAUAGAUAUGGUGAACAAAGACCGGAAUAAUGGUCAGCUAUACAAUCUUUGAAUCUUUUUUACUUUUGAUGUUAAUGCCUACUUGUGCUGAUAAAUGUAGGGCAUUUAUAAUUGUUUUUUUCCCCCUAUUGUUGCAGAAAGAAAAA